AUGGGGGGCGGAGGAAAGGAAAUCAGAGCUGCCGCAGCUGAAGGGUGUAAAGGCGCGCUGGUGAAGAGCCGGGGAGCCGCAGGACGGGAUGGCAGUGGGCAGCGCGGCAGCGGCGGCGAUUGCUGCCCUCGGUGGGCCGGGUCGUGUGGCUCGGCGCUGGCGGCUCUCCUCUCCGUGCUGGCUGCCGCCUCCUGCGUCUACCUGGGGGUGCGGACCAGCGACCUCCAGGCCAGGGUCGCGGCCAUCGAGGGCGCCCGAGGGGGCUUCUCUACCCCCGCCCCGCUCUCGCCGCUGCCCGGUUUUUCCCUGGAGCAGCUGAACGCGAUGAUGCAGGAGAAAGUGGAGCGGCUUCUCGCCCAGAAAUCCUACGAGCACUUGGCAAAAAUACGAGUAGCGAGAGAAGUGCCUCCAGAGUGCAACUGCCCACCAGGUCCUCCAGGGAAAAGAGGUAAGCGGGGCAGAAGAGGAGAGACUGGACCUCCUGGUCAACCUGGUCCUCAAGGCCCUCCUGGUCCAAAAGGCGAGAAGGGAGAUCAAGGUGAUCAGGGCCCUCGGAUGGUGUUUCCUAAAAUCAAUCAUGGGUUUCUCUCAGCUGAUCAGCAGCUCAUUAAACGCCGCCUCAUUAAGGGGGACCAAGGACAAGCUGGACCCCCUGGACCUCCAGGGCCACCGGGACCCAGAGGGCCGCCAGGAGAUACCGGCAAAGAUGGUCCUCGUGGGAUGCCAGGCUUACCGGGUGAACCAGGAAAACCAGGAGAACAAGGAUUAAUAGGACCUCAGGGGCCUCCAGGACAAAAGGGUUCUGUCGGAGUGCCUGGUGUUCCAGGGAGAGAUGGACAAGUGGGUGAACCUGGUUUGCCUGGAAUAGCAGGAGAGAAGGGAGCAGCAGGGCUUAAGGGUGACCCUGGAGAAAGAGGAGAAAAGGGUGAUGCUGGAGAAAAUGGACAGAAGGGUGACACAGGAGAAAAGGGUGACCCUGGUUCUUCUGCUGCAGGAAUUAAGGGUGAACCCGGUGAAUCUGGACGGCCUGGACAAAAGGGUGAACCAGGUCUUCCUGGGCUUCCUGGACUCCCUGGGAUAAAGGGUGAACCAGGUUUCAUUGGUCCACAAGGAGAACCUGGGUUGCCAGGGCUACCAGGAACAAAGGGUGACAGAGGAGAGGCUGGUCCUGUUGGGAAGGGUGAGCGAGGUGAACCUGGAGUCCCUGGACCAAAGGGAAAAACAGGUGAACCUGGAUCUAGAGGCCCCAAAGGGUCAAAGGGUGAUACAGGUGACAGAGGUGACACAGGAUCUACAGGUCCACGGGGACCACCUGGACAGAAGGGUGAUCAAGGUGCAACAGAGAUAAUUGAUUAUAAUGGCAAUAUCCAUGAAGCACUGCAGAGGAUCGCCACCCUGACUGUCACGGGGCCACCAGGACCACCAGGACCCCAAGGGCUACAAGGGCCAAAGGGUGAACCAGGAUCCCCAGGAACUCCAGGAGUUGAUGGCGAGCAAGGUCCUAAAGGCUCAAAAGGUGAUGCAGGUGAUCCUGGAAUGUCUGGAGAAAAGGGAGGAAUUGGACUGCCUGGCCUGCCAGGAGCCAACGGUAUGAAGGGCGAAAAAGGAGAUGUUGGUUUGCCUGGUGCCCAGGGUCCUUCAAUGAUAGGACCACCGGGACCACCAGGGCCACAUGGUCCUCCAGGCCCUAUGGGACCUCAUGGACUGCCUGGCCCAAAGGGUGAACCAGGGUUAAAUGGUCUUAAAGGAUUGAAGGGUGAACCAGGUCAAAAGGGUGACAGAGGGCCCCUUGGUCUUCCAGGAGCAUCUGGCUUAGACGGAAAGCCAGGAUCCCGGGGUGUAGAUGGCCCAGUUGGUCCCCAUGGCCCUGCAGGUCCUAAAGGAGAGAGAGGUGAAAAGGGAACCAUAGGUGACCCUGGACCCAGAGGACCAUACGGCUUGCCUGGUAAAGAUGGAGAGCCUGGCAUUGAUGGUUUCCCUGGUCCUCGAGGAGAAAAGGGUGAUAUAGGAGAAAAGGGAGAAAAGGGAUUCCGUGGAAUUAAGGGGGAAAAAGGGGAGCCAGGCCAGCCUGGCCUGGAUGGGCUGGAUGCCCCUUGCCAAUUGGGUCCCGAUGGAUUACCAAUGCCUGGCUGUUGGCAAAAGUGAUGAAUCUAACCAUACAAGCAUGAAGUUGUGUAUAUAGUGCUCCACUUUUUGUAUUUAUAGUUGAAAACUGAAAAUUUGAUUUGACAAGUCUGAGAUAUGUUUACAUGUAGCUGCUUUUAAUUGUUUGCAAAAGUCCGUGUGUACAUCUGGUUUUCACUUACAUCUGCAGUCAGAUGAUACAUAACUGCAGGGUAAACCUGCAAAGAUUCUCUCUUGCAUUAGAGAGAGAUCUCAGUACAAUGAUCGAGAAUAGAAAUCUGAUUAUUUCUGUAAAUUCUUAUAUUUUGGCUUGUGGACCUGCAUGGACAAUGAGUGCCAUGAACUAGUUUACAAGAAAUUGUGACCAAAUAAGAGCAAAAUGCUACAAAAUGUACUGUACCAGCCACCAUUGAAGUUUACUGACUUGGCUUCCAUGUCCAUCGUAAAUACUUCACCAAUUCAUGCCAUAUCUGCUUGUACAGACUAAAAGCAUGAGUUUGUGUGCCAAACCUGCUUGUUGUGUGAUCACAUUAUGUACUAAAUGGCUGCUCACAGUGACCUUUGAUUCCAGUUUCUGAAUCAUUUCCUUUUGUCAUCCCAAGGGAGUCACACCAUGGCUUAUUGCUAAAAAGAGAUAAACCAGAGGAGGAUAGAAAGAGGCCUUGAAUUUUCGGAGAAUAGAGUUCCAGCUGCAGGUGGAUGGCUUCCAGUCUUGCGGGUUACUUGGCCCCUUUGAUCAAAGGGGGUCCUGCCUGUUAAUCAGCAUCAGUUUGCCUUGCACUGCUCACGGUCGUGAAAACAUUCACGACAGGCCCUGUCGAGUCCUUAAUCGAGAAGGAAAGAAGUUUGAAGAAGAAACCGGACUUCUCUGUGGGUUGUUUGAAAAGGUUACAGUGGUGCUGCAGGGAUUGUUUCUCCAUAGCAGACACUGCCUGAGGCCAGAAGCUUCUCAACCUUACUCAAGGAUGGACAGAGUAUGUGCUCUGCAUAUUGUAUUUUGGGACUGCUGGAGGAAAUAGCAUUCUUGAGGCAAGGAUGAAUCAGAACAUCCUCCAGUGGAGGAGGAUAACAGAACUGACCAGAGACAUAUGUACCAUGGUGUGAUUUUUCAGGUUAUUCAGUUUAAAUUACACAAAACUAGCAGAACUUCUCUGCAGAAUUUUGGAAGCUAUGGUUAAUUUUGUUUCCUUUUCCCGUAACUGUUGCCAUAAAGGAUGCAUUUCAAUAAUAUGUUCAACAUUUGUGAUGUUGGCAUUGAAGAAAAUUCUUCAAGCCAGACAUGCAUCUUGUUUCAGUAUUAAGUUUUUAUUUUAGAGUCUUUGAAGCCUUUAAGUCUAAAAAAAAUAGUUUAUUUUUGUGUUCCACAAAUUGAUUUAUAUUCAUAAUUGAUCUUGUUCUUUUUCUGCUGUUACAGUGACAUUAUUAUUCAAAAAACAUUGGAGAAACAAGUCUGUGUGAUUACCAGGGCAUGCUUGUUACUGUACUACACUGUUAAAGGUGUCAGUAUUUCUCCAUUUCUGUUCAGAUUACUAGCUUUCUAGGGAAACAUGGGCAAGGUUUUGCUUCUCCACUUUUUUAUUGUUAGAAAUACUGAAUUUGUGCACAUUUGUAGUUUUUGCCAUGAGAUUUUUCUUCCAGGUUUGAGUCUUCAUAUGGUGCGCUGUAGUUAGUUUGAGAGGCUAGGUUAUGAGAAAUGGUGCCAUAUUUGGCACUUGGAAGUUCUUUUUAUAGCACUCCCAUUCCUAGUGUAUAUAGCAGGAUGAUCACGAACUUUUUUAGUUACAUUUCUGAGAGUUGUUUUUCGUAUGUAGACCAAAACUAAAGUUGAAAAAGACAACCUCUGUCCAUCCAUGUGUGGGCACCUUACCCUUCUUGAAGUGCAUGUUUUUGCUUACUCCAUCAUUUCUAAAUCAUAUGAAGAUGGAAACCUGGUGUGGUUGCACUUUCAUAUUGAUCCACAAUCUCAGAUCAAUGGAAAAGCCACUAUAAUGCCAUCUUUCACUUUGCUAAAUCUUUAUUGUCAUUUUGCUACAUCAGAGACAACAAGAGCUUUUCAAGAGGGGAAAUCUUCCACAGAUUUUUUUAAAAAUCAAAAUUAAUUUUGUGGCCUCCAUCUGGUAGUACCUUACUAAUAAAAACAGUCCCAACACUAUAUAAAUGUAUAUAUACUGAAUAUAGAUAUAUUCACUGCUUAUAUCCAUCUUUCCAAUACUAAGAAAUAAAAAAGUGUUCACAGAUAUAAGGGAAAAUGGUUUUAUUUGCUUACAUUUUCAGAGAUGCAAGUAUUGACCUGUUUGAAUAAUCAUUGCUGCAAUAGUGAAAGCCUUCACAUGCCAUAGAUUGAAUAUAAGCUGUUAAUAAUCAGUGCUACAGCAGUAAUGUGAAUGAGGAACUUUCCAGAAAGGGCACAAGAGGAGAACCACAUAAGCCCUUCAACUUGACAGUUUUAGUCUGCUUGUUUAAGAAGCACUAUCCCAAAAUCCAGCAGGCUGAGGAGCAAGCUGCCCACCUAACAAAAAAGAGUUUCUUAUGCCUAUAUUCUGACUUGGUACAUUUGGCUGGGUAUAUUACAGAUGUGAAUACUUAGAAGUUGAAUGUUUUUAUGAAAUAGCAAAUACUGGCAAUCAUACCAUAAGAGGAAAUAUUCUUUAAUUGGCCCUCAGUGUAUUCAAAUGCUAAACCAAGUAGGAUGUUUCUUAUCUAGCUAGAUGUUUUAACAGUUCCAUAUCAAGACUGUCCAAAAACACAGGUUUUUAAGAAAGCAGCAAGAUAAAGAGCCAUUAAAUGCACACUGUCAUUAGCACUCUCAUUUUUUAAAUUGGUAUAUCUAUGUUUUUAAACUGUCCUCAUUACAUCCAUUUCUGGAUGCAUCAAUAAAGCUGGCAGAAUCUUGAUUCAUUUCCUCAUUCAGAAAAUAUUUAUAGAUAUUGCCGAUAAGCAUUAGUGAAAACUCAAUUUUCCUUUAACUCCCUGACACUGAGACCCUGCUGAAGAAAUACUUCAGCACCUUUACUCACUUUGUUUUCAGUCUUUAAUUCCCACCAGGAAGGAAUACUUCUUUUUUCCCAAAAAAUAAUCUAGCUUAUAUUUUUAAGCUUCUGUAUUUUUCAAUAUCAUCAAAGAUUCACUCCGUUUAAAUGAGCAUGGGUGAACAGCAAAUAAACAAUUUAAUUUGACAUAAAACAAUUAAUUUUACAUUAAACUACAUACAUAGAUUUGACAUUAAUAUUUGUAUCUCAAAUAUGUUUAUGUUGAAACCUAACAGUAUGUAGGUAAGUUGCAUGUUCAAGACAAGGGGAAAAACAAUGCAUUGUGUUUAAUAUUUAAUCAAGAAAAGCACCCUGUGAAGACUUGCAACAUGUUUAUUUUGUUUUAAAAGUACUGGUUUUGGUGCUAGUAUACCUUUUUUCUUUCGAUGGCAAAGCUAUAGUUUGAACCGCCUGUGUGUUGUAUCUUUUAGUAGCAUUCCUCCAGAUAGAUAUGAUUUGUUUUGUUUAGUUUGUGACGGGAACAGUAGUUCCUCUACCAGUCCUUUCAGUUGUAGAAAUCUAUAGUGGUAUUGGUCUACACAGUUUCUGUAUCCCUGACCUUUUCAGAUAUGAUUAAUUCUUGUUCUUUUGAGAGUUUUCAGUAUUUGUUUCACACCAGGUUUUGUAAUCAUCUGUUACUCCAGUGUAUUAUAACCACAUUGUGCAGAAGUCCUGUUACAGAAGCAGCAAGUCUUUGAAGCACUGUAUGGAAUAUGUCUGACAUACAUGGUCCUUGUCUUCAUAUUUAUAGAUUAGCUAUGCGAAGCUUUCUUUCAGGAUGUUUUGGACACCUCUGUAUUUUUUCCUGAGGUAAAGCAUGAAAUGUUAAUUCAUGGAACAAUGUAUUUUUUUGAUUUAUAUUUUUAUUUAUUACUGAAUUUGAUGUCACAUUCUGAUAGUGUAGCAAGGCAGAAUGACACUCUUCAUCCAGCUGUUUAUAUAUAUAUUUUUAGUCUACCAUGUAAGUUGUAUGAAUGAGUUUCAGAAUGGUCAAAUCCAUAUACCUGCACAUGUGUAAAGUAUAGAGUUUUAAAAGGGAUAAUUCUUAAUAUUACUGUACAGCGUGGAAAGUUAGCAUUGGCUCCACUGAGCAUUAUACUCAUGGAAGAGUGCAUAUGAGCAUCAGUUACUCUCUUAAGCCAGCAGAAGAGACAAUGCAACCCCAAAUGAGAGGAGCAGACCUUUGGUCCUUGUGGCCAGGUGGUGCUGCAUAGGGCUGAGGGCCAUGUCAGGAGAUGUGGUUUGGAUCCUGGAACCCUGGGCUCUUCACUUGGCUGCACUGCCCUUUCCCCAGCAGGGAAAUGGGAUGAGUGAUGCAUUCUUCCCUUGAAAAGCAAUUUGAUACAUGCAGAAGUAAGGACCUAGGUAUUGAUGCUUAGUAACCAAGGUGAUAUCAUCAACUUUAACAGUGGGGUUUGAUUGAAUCAAGACCACUUCAGUGAGUAAAAACUGCAGAGAUACUCCCAGUCUAUUGAAUGUGAUGAAGAUGUUCAAGGCAUGCAGAAGCUGACCUUUCCUUUCAAAUUGCCUCAUCACUGCGGCUUGACCAUCUUAAAUUACAUUUUUAAAUCUCUGUAUUUUACCUGAGACACAUAAAAUUUCACACUGGAGAGUUACACAAACCACUGAUAUCUGCAAAGGUAGUGGUCAAAAGGAAGCUUAAAUUUUAGUCAUUGCAAGAAAAAAAAUUAUUUCAGUGACCAGAAUUAAAACUAACACCUGAUUUUUUUUUUCUUUCUGCAACAUCCAUUUGUGGAUCUGAAUGUUGCUAUGAUGAACUAAUGAAGAUUUUCUUGCACCCUCUGUACUGAAGUAUUUUACAUGGUGGUUGGAUUCAUUAAAUGCUGUUAGAUACAAGUGCCUGCCACCAUAAUUUCUGACAAAAUUUCAAAGAGAUGCUACACAGAGUAAGUGGAGUUUGUAUUUAAAGAAAAAAAAAAGAUUUGAAGUGUUGUUUUUGUUUAAUUUUGUUUUUAAAUGCAUCCAAUUAUCAAUGCUGCUUGGAAAUCUAAUUUUCUUUGGAAAACAGGGGGCCUUAACUUAACCUGGGACCGUUAGUGUUUUACUUGUUUCUAUUUAAAAAGAGAAAUUGUAUGAAUUUCCCAGAUACCAUUGGUACUUGCACACUUCUCUGAAGUAUUAUGAAGAGUUGAGUUGGUGGAAGAAUGUUUUACAUAUUGUUAACAUAUAUGUGGAUAUUCUUAUAUUAUUGUACAUGUUUGGGAAAAUAUCACACAACUUUAAAAAUGUUACUAAGAUGUAUGUAUCUGACUUUUUCCUUUGGAAAAUAUUAUAUAUUUUUAUUUGUAUUUUUUACUUUUUUAAGUUCAUCUAUAUGUGCUGUUAUUUUUGUAUUGCAAAUGGUCUCAUAAAUGCAGUAGAAGAGACAAAAAUACGAAGAGUAAUUUGGUAAGGAUUACAAUGCUCGGGGGGAAAAACACAUGGGUAUCAUAAUAACAAUACUAGAAAUAUUUUGAGUGUCUUAGCACUGUAAAUAUGUCACGAGACCUCUUGACAAGUAGUGUAAAGAAUUACAAGGUUUUAAUCACCCAUUUUAAUUUGUUAUUAAUUACCACCUUCCUGUGGCCUCUGGUCUUGACUUAAUUGAACCCGAUCAAUCAGCAUGCUUUUUUGGUUUUAUUAUUAAAAUUUCUCCUUGUUUUUUGAUUGAAUACUGUUUUGGUUUCUUUCAGUUUUGUACUUCAGGUUUUGUUUCUUGCUUGUGAGAAGUUGAUCUUCAGAAUUAUUUUUACACUAUUUAUGAUUUAUUUUCAUAAUGUAAAAAGUGUGUAAUUAUUAAAAUAUUAAUCCAACCACUGGUGCUGAUUUUGCAUAGUUAUAAAGUUCUUAGUGUUGGUGCAAAACAUUGCUCUAGUCUGUCUGGAUCGGAAGAAAUUUAUGCUGCAUUGUGCCAAUCUGUAGUUUGAAAUCUCGCACAGGUCGUUUCAGUCAGUAUUCACAUUCACACAAAAACUGGGGCCUUUGCAACAUGUUCCAUUUUCCUACAGUGUGCAAUAAAAAAAUU